UCGUUGUGUGUCGGCCUUCUAUCGCCCGUCGAUAUAUUUCUAUCUGCAAGUUUUUCUCAACAUAAGUUUUUUUUUAUGUUUAAGAAACAUAUACGAAAGCAGAAAUCAAUACAUUGCUAAAGUGCUAAAGCUAACCAGAAGAAAUUGAGACAAGAGCCUUGCAACUCCAGAACGAUAUAACUUAACGAAACAGCUAACGAGCAACAAACUGCAGACAUAAAGACUCACAUACACUCACGCACGCAAACGAUAAAAACGAAAGAAAAAAAAAAAAAACAAAAAAAAAAAAAUAGACGCAAAUUAUUUGAAAUAAGUUUGAAGUUAUCCAAAUAUUUUGAUGUCAUCAGAGAGCUGAUUCCAGCUCGAAUAAAGCCCCAAUACAUUAAGCUGCGCCAUUGCCCCUUCCAGUUCAGUAGCAUCCCGUGUACUUCUGUGCGUGUAUGUGUGUUGUCUCUGAUUGUUUUCUAUUGUGUGCGCAGUGCGUGCGUGCUUUUGGCUGAGGGGGCGGGUGGGACAAGUGCAACACCAGCAGCAGCUAAAGGAGUGAAAUCUGUGCAGCCAAAUCGGCAAAACAGACCUGUAUUUUGCGUCAUUGCAGUUGAACGGGCUCGAGUUUCUUUAAAGAAACGCGCGUCCAUGUUUAAGCUUUUGAUGCUGGCCGAGAUCAGGCGACGGCAAAUCGUUUAGCAGCAGCACAAAAAGGAGCAGCAGCACUGGCCAUGCUCCCUAUUAGCGAGGAGCAGCACGUUGAUAACAGCAGCAAUCAGCCACAUGCCGAGACCUCAGAUGAAGCUGCCGCAGCGGCAGCGAACGGUCUUGGUGUUGAGGAGUCGGCACUGGGCGCUGAUGCUAGCUUGUGGACGGCACUGUACGACUACGAUGCACAGGGCGAGGAUGAGCUGACACUGCGACGGGGACAAAUCGUUGUAGUCCUCUCCACGGACAGUGAAGUGUCUGGCGAUGUGGGCUGGUGGACGGGCAAGAUCGGUGAUAAGGUGGGUGUUUUUCCCCGCAACUUUGUAACAGACGCGGAUCCGUUGGAGUUGCCGCAUGAAAUCGACUACUCAGAGCUGGAUAUUAAGGAGGUGAUUGGAUCUGGUGGCUUUUGCAAAGUGCAUCGCGGCUUUUAUGAUAACGAGGAGGUUGCCAUUAAGAUAGCCCAUCAAACUGGCGAAGAUGAUAUGCAGCGCAUGCGUGACAAUGUCCUGCAGGAGGCCAAACUAUUCUGGCCACUUAAACAUCGUAAUAUCGCGGCACUGCGCGGUGUCUGUUUGAAGACCAAACUGUGUCUUGUCAUGGAGUAUGCACGAGGCGGCAGCCUGAAUCGCAUACUCGCUGGCAAAAUACCGCCUGAUGUUCUCGUCGAUUGGGCCAUACAAAUUGCUCGCGGCAUGAACUAUUUACACAGCGAGGCGCCCAUGUCUAUUAUACAUCGCGACCUUAAGUCCUCCAAUGUGCUCAUCUAUGAGGCCAUCGAGGGAAGCCAGUUGCAUCAUAAAACGCUCAAAAUAACCGACUUUGGCCUCGCCCGCGAAAUGUACAACACACAGUGCAUGAGCGCUGCUGGCACCUAUGCCUGGAUGCCGCCCGAGGUCAUUAGUCGAAGCAUGUACUCCAAAUCAUCGGAUGUGUGGAGCUAUGGCGUGCUCCUCUGGGAGCUGAUCACAGGCGAGACACCCUACAAAGGUUUCGACCCGCUCUCCGUUGCGUAUGGCGUCGCUGUGAAUACACUAACGCUGCCGAUACCAAAAACCUGCCCCGAAACCUGGGGUGCUUUAAUGAAAAGCUGCUGGGAAAGCGAUCCGCAUAGACGGCCCGACUUUAAGAAGAUUAUUGAACAGCUGGAGAGUAGCGCGUGCUCCAAGUUUACGCUAACGCCGCAGGAAUCCUUUCACCAUCUGCAGGAACUGUGGAAAAAAGAGAUCGCCGAGGUGCUGCACGAUCUGCGCGAAAAAGAGAAGCGUUUUCAAACCAUCGAAGAGGAACUGCGCAACAAGGAGGAGCAGCUGGUACUCAUGCAAAAGAAGCAGCUGGAGAAGGCCAAUAAGCUACAUGAGCUCGAGGAGCAGUUGCGUCAGCGCGAAAUCAAUAUACUCGGACGCGAGCUAAUGAUGCAGCCAGUCUCAGUACCUGUGCCGGUGCCAUCAAAGCGGAAGCCCAAAAAGAGUAAAAAGAAAGCACUGCAGAUAUCACUGCCAACGGAGUUCCGGCACACAAUUACGGCCGUCUGCGACAAAGUCGAGCCGCCAGGUUCGCCCUCCCUAUCCAGAUUGCGUAUUGUGACACUCACCGAUGGGCACAAAAACAAAACCUGGGGACCAUCGACAAUGCACCAGCGCGAGCGCUCGCUGCUGCCACCGCAGCUGGGCGGCCAGCCGGAGUGGCCGGCACAAAGCUCCACGCACUCAUCAUUCAGCAAGAGCGCACCGAAUCUGGACAAGAAGCAGCUAAAUGCGGCUGCCGCUGGGACAGCUGGAACUGCUGCGACAGCGUUAGCUGCAACAACAAAAUCUUCUCAGCUGCUGGGCAGCUCCAACGUGGGCAGCAUUGCUGGUGGCUCAACGCCCACAUCGCCCAUGUAUUUGGGCGGCAGUGUGGCGGCCAUGGGUGCGGUGGGCGCUGGUGUGGCCACAGGUAUGCCAUAUUUAAUACUGCAUACCAACAACAACAACAACAACAACAACCACAACAACAACAUCAACAACAACAACAACAACAAUAGUAAUCACAUUUUUAAUAACAACAACAACAACAACCACAAAACUAAUACCAACAGCAUAAUUUCAUCCAACGCCUCGCCACGAUUGAACGGCAAUCACAGCAACAACAACCACAACGUAGCAAACCGAAAGCCUGCCAAUAGCAUUUAUGGUCGCGCCCGCAGCCAGGAUUAUGGUCUGGAUAUGCCGUAUAGUGCUAACAAUGUUGUGCAUCUGCUCUCGGACGAUAGCUCCGAGACGGACACCCUAACGCCGACAACAGGCUGUUUUCAUUUCUUAAAAUCAAGCGCAUCCGCUGUUGCAAUGGCGCCCGUUGUAGGAGGCUCCUCCUAUGGCGGCAGCCUGGGCAACAGUCCGGCUGUAGGCCGCAAGAAACUCUCGCUGGAUAGUCAAUUUGUGCAGCCCGUUGCACAGAUGACGGGCGCAACGCCAGCGAUGAUAAUGUCGCCGUUGGUGCCCGUCUCGCAUGAGAGAGGCGAUAAUAAUACGUACGAUCGUGCCUUCUAUCGGGAUGUGACCAAGAAGAUAUUGGCCAGCACCGAUCGUGUGAAUUCCAAAUCGAGUGGUGACCUCACCAUGUACAGCUCCGCCACGCGCCUAACCGAGCCAAGGGCUGACUACAACUAUGAUGAUUCGGAGGAUGGGCUGGAGAGUCGCUUUCAGCGGAAUGCGUCCGGUUCGCAAUUUCCGCGUCACUGUUUUUUUCGGCAACAACCAAAUAGCUUUGACCGUGACAGGGAUGAGGACGAGCAGGAGCAAGAACGUGAAAUGGAAGAUGAGCAGCGCAAUAUUAACUCACAUUGCUCCUCGGAGCAUUCGUCCUCAACAGUAGACACCUCAGCAUCAGUUAGCCAGACGCGCCCCAAUUGCUCGACGUCGCGCAAAUGUUCGGUUACCUUUCAAAUGAACUCGCCCACAUUUGAGUCGCCGCCGCCGCAUACCAUACCUACAGCGACAGGUGAUGCGCAAAGCCAGCAUCAGGCGUCCAUUGCAUCCAUUAGCUUUGGCACCAACUACAGCUCCAGCGACAACGAUAACGAUGACGACUGGAACGAUCAUUUGAAUGGCAGCGAUAACGAAAACGAUAACGACGUUCACAAUGCGGACAAAGAUGUUGCUGCAGCGACAACUGCACAGAAUGGCGGCCACAUCCAUGAGAACUGUAUACUGCACACACGACGCAUGCUCGAUGUCCAGCCGCAUCCGGAUGUGAUCAAGAUGAAGAAGCAUCUGCUGGCCGAGCAGCAGCGACAGGACAGUAAGCAUACGAAGAAAAAGCAAAAACUCAGGUACAUGCCCAAAUCCAAGUCGGUGGAGGCGCCAGCCACAGCGCUGUCGAGCAGCCAACUGUUGUUGCAACAGCCGCCGCCGCAGCAGCACUCGACGAGUGGCAUCAAAAUCAGAUCCCUAAUGAAUCUGUUUACGCGCGGAUCCAAAAAGAAAUACACAAAACUGUCCGAUAAUCAAAUGGCCCCAACUGGCAGCGGAAGCGGAAGCGGCAGCACUGCCGAAUUUUGUGCCAUUGAUCCAUAUGAAACGGAACUGGCAACGGGCAAGUCCACAACGGGACGAUCCACGAAGCGCAAAAGCAAAAAGCCCCAAACGCAAUCCUGUGAGCAAUUGGAGCGUGUCUGAAUGUGCGUCUGUCAUGUGGUCACGACUGUGUCUCUGUCUCUGUCUCUGUGUGUGUGUGUGUGUGUGUGUGUGUGUGUGUGUGUGUGUGUGUGUGUAUCGGCUCUAUCUGACAGUUCUACUUGUUGUGGUGGUUGUUGUGGUCAACGCCGUGCAUCGUCGCAGUCCUGCAUCAAUAAUAAUACAAAUACACGUGCAUAUGUAUGCAUACAUAUAUAUAUAUGUAUGUAUGUAUGUAUGUAUGUAUGUAUGCUGCUAGCAACAAGCCCAUUGUUUUAUAUUAAAACCAUAGAUUAAGGCAUAUCAUGCACACACCCACACACACACACACACCCACACACACACACACACACACACACACACACACAUACAAGCACUAGCUGCUAACUACUUGCAUACAUAUAACAAUAACAAAUAACAAGGAACUAUCGUUUGUUCAUUUGAUCUUUUUACUGCUCCAUGUGUAAGCAAAGAUUUCGGCCAGGGCUCAAAGCAACUCCGAAAAUUAGCUAUUCGACUCGGUCAGAGAGUAUACGAUGCGAAUACCUUGAAAAAGUUGCGUCACGACUUUAUUUUACAUUUAGCGAAACGGUUGACUUCAUCUCGAAUCAGCUAGAAAAACGAACUUGAUGGAAAAGUCGUUGGAAAUCGUUUUUCUUACAAUCACGCUAAAAAUAUAUGUAUAUUGAUUCCAGAUAAAUGAGUUCCAGAGGUUAUGGGCUAAAGAGUUGGUUUUGAUGCGAAUAACUAAAAAUUGAUAUCGAAAAAAUUUCGCGUAACAAGCCAAAGAAGAGAUCUGAAGCGAACAGUUCAAAAAAAUGUACAUACCAGAGGACAGAGAUAUGAUGAGCUAGAGAACUUGCCAGACUGGCAAUAGAUUAGAUCUAGUCUGGAAUAUAAUACGACUUCUGGGAAACUAAAUAUGUGCUGUCUUUAAAAGAGUGCAGCGAAUUGAAAGCGAAAUAUUUUGAAAGCCUUAACUCAGCUCAGUUUGAAUAGACGUCAAACCUUAAGCGUAAAUGGAUAAUUCUGAGAUAUGGGACAGACCGGUGAAAGGUAGAAUCGAAACGGGAUCUGUAUAAUUGUUGAAUGAAAACAAAAUAGCCAGUCAAGUUAUUUAAUGUGUAUACGUAUAUGCUCAGGUCCAUUUAAAUAAUAUAUAUAUAUAUAUAUAUAUAUAUAUUUUGAUAUAUAUAAACGGAUUGCUUGUGUGUUCUCUGCUUACACGUUGGAGUUAAGAUUCGAAGAAUUGUUAGCAAUACUACAAAAUGAUGAUGUAUUCAUGAAACACUUUUCACAUUUAAGCGAACAAUUUCUAUUGUCUAUUCUAAACAUAUCUAAAAUAUACAAUAUAAAUAUAUAUAUAUAAACUAUUUAUAUACAUACGCGAAACAUUACAAACAUCUUAGUUCAGCUUAGCCUUAGUCGUAUGGCAUUUUUUUGUUUUUUUUUUUUUUGAGUUCGUCAAGAAAUUAGCCAGUUUUAGUCGAUUUCAGCUUCUUUUCGCUGUUCAUUUCCCAUCCUUAAGGUUUGUAGAUUUUCGUUUUGUGUGUUUGUGCAGUUUUAUUAACAUGCAUUGAUUUGCAAUUGGCCUUUGUCUACUUUUAGUAUUUGAUUUGAGAGAAAACAAAACGAAAACAGCAAAAAAAAAAAAAAAAAGGAAAAAAAAAAAA